AUGAAAACACUACUCUUUCAAAUAUACGCUUACAAGCUUUUUCCAACGAGAUAUUCGUUUAUUUGGAAAGACACUCCUAUUUCGUUAAGACAAGAAACCAUUUUGAAAGUCAAUAAAUAUGCUGAAGGAAAAUACGGAAAAGAUCAAACUUUGAAAAUCCUUAUAGCUGUAAAUUCUCUCAAUUCUGAAACAAAGAAAGUCAAGAAAGGGAAGCAUGGACAAUCGUCUGGAGUGAGUACAAAUCAUACGCAAAAACAUUCCGCUUCCAGUAACGCGAAAGUUAAUACAGUGACUAUGCAUGUUAAGCUAUGCAAGUUAAAAACGUUUUGUGAUAAUGAGUUGGCUGAUCCAAGCAUUUCAACACUGGAGAAAGAGAGGAGACACUUUUGGAAUAAUUUAAGUGCCAAAGUUGACUCUCAUCAGGUGUACAAAGAUUGGAGUUUGCAAGCAAGAACUGGAAUUGUUGACACAGAGUGGACUUUGAAAAAGACCGAACUUCUUAAACUACAGGGUGUAUAAAAAAAAACGCAACCUCGGAAUUUCCCAAGAAAUCGACAUGGUUUUAAAGACAAAAGAUUUUAGGCGCCUGGGAAUUUAAAAUGUCAAAAUUAUUGCACACGCGAGUGCAUAAAGCAAAAUUUAUGCAUUUAUUUAAUGCACAACAACAGUAAUAAGAUCUAUUAGCAAUUCGAUUUCAAUUCCCAGGGGCUUAAAAUCUUUUAUGCUUAAGAAUUGCAAAGUGAUUUCUUAGGAAAUUCCGAGGUUGCGUUUUUUUUUAUACACCCUGUAGAUGCGGAGGAAGUUCUAAAAAGAUUAGACAAUAAUGAAAAGUCGGGAAGCGAUAAAAAAAUUCGUGUAAACUUGGAUCGCCUAUUGCAGACCGAGUUACGCAGGAAAUCUACCUAUAAGAAAAUCGAAAACCUUCAUAAAAAUUUGAAAAGCUCUUCUACAGACCAUCAUAACAUUGAGGAGCAAAUUGCGAUUGAAGAGGAUGUAUUAGACAAAAUAUUCACCGAACUAAAAUCAAGUCAAUCGUCCUUAGAAAUGGCUAUUACUAGAUCUAGUGUUUGCCAGGCGGAUGCCACUGACAUUGUCACUGAUUCUGAUAAAUCCGUUAAUUUGAAAACGGUGGCAGUGUCACCUGGGCUAACUGAAGACGAAAUUAUGCAUGUAGUAACUUCGACGAUGGACGAUUUCAGAGUAGAAUAUGGCGAGUAA